CAGAAGAGAGGGAGGAGAGUGACACAAUGGGGCCUCGGAGUCGAGUCAGGCUUGCCAAAUGUCAGAUGCUGGGCACCGGCUUCUUUGUCUUGCUUCUGGGCCUCUCUGUGGCCACCAUGGCAGCUUUCACUCAUUUUGGGGACCAGUUUGCUGUCAUCAGCCACGCAUCUUUGGAGAGGAAUCCAUACCAGGCCAUGGACCACUGGGCUUUCUAUGUGGGGAUCAGCCUGGCAGGCCUGCUGAGCCUGGGGGCCACCCUGAGUGCUGUAGCCACAGUAAGGGAGGCCCAAUGCCUCAUGGCUGGGGGUUUCCUGUGCUUUGCCCUCGUGUUCUUGGUCCUGGUGCAGGUGGCCUUCUGGAGACUCCGCAAUCCCACCCAGGUAGAAGAUGCCAUGCUGGACAUUUAUGAUCUGGUGUAUGACCAGGCAGUGAGGAACCCAUCCAGCGCCCGGUGGCAGGAGCUGGCCGCCAUUCAGGACACGUUUCUGUGCUGUGGGAAGACAUCUCCUUUUGGAAUUCUGGGGAGUGCUGAAGCCAACCUGUGUCAGGGCAAGGAGGCAGCAAGACAGGACUGCCUUCAGAGCAUUGGGAGCUUCCUGAGGACACAUGGGAACAUCACCUCCACCCUCACCAGCAUUGGCCUGGUCCUCAUGGUGUACGCCAUGCUGCUCAGUGCCUUCCUCUGGCUGGCCAUCCGCUCUGGCUGCGGUUUGGACCGCAAAGGCAGAUAUGCCCUGACCUCACGAAACCAUGGCUGCCAGCCCCAAGAGCCCAGCCUCUUUAGACGCGCUCAGGGUGGACCUGCAUCUCAAGACCCCUCUGAAGCAAAAGCUUUCGUCCACCAUUGGGGUCCCACAGGACACUUGGAUGGCCCUCCGCGGCUCCAGGGUUGAUGCUGUGUUUCAAUGCCUUGUCCUGCCACCUGUCUGCCCGCAGAGUCAAAGACACUGGCCAUACCCCCUUCACAUGAUCCUCAAGGAGGAGAUAAACCCCUUGGUGGGACAGGGACAGGGGCAGGGGCAGGGGACACCCAGCCAGGUGGACAGGCUCCAUGUAGAGCGGUUGAAAGUCCUAGGGUAACUCACCGCGUCUGUGAGAGAGGAUGGGAGGAACAGGAGCAGAGGAAGCCAGUCGGGGUACGACAUCGCCACUUGCUUCCUCCGUGCUGCUUAACAAAGAACAUGAACUUGAUCACUGCGUUAGGUCUCAUCUGUGACAAAAUACCCGAGAAAACCAACUUAAGGAGGAAGGGUUUAUCUGGGCUGAUGGUUUCAGAGGCCCAUCCAUGGAUUAAGUCAGAGCCCUCAUUACCCAACCACGUCCCCAAAGCCCCACCUGUGAACAUUGCCCUGGGGACCAAGUAUCAUGGUUCGUUCAUCCCUAACAGCUUAGAGCAGCUCCCCUCACCGUCUCACCAUUCUCCAUCAGAGUCCAGGUGGGCUGGCCAGGUUCUCCAUCCACUCAGGGUCUCACUAAGCCAAAAGCAAGGGACAGGCCAGCUGGACCCACUCUAGGCUUCUGGGAGAAUCUCCUUCCAGGAUGCCCGCUCUGGCUGCUGGAAUGGACCCAGUUUCAUGAAGCUGUAGGCUGAGGUCCCUGUCUGCUCGCUGGCUGCCAGCUGGGGUCACGCUCAGCUCCGUGAAGUCCCCUACUCCUCCUGUGUCCCCUCUGCCUUCAGAGGGGCAGGCGGAGUCUUCUUCUUACUUGUACCAGCCAGGGAAGCGCUCUACUUAUAUAAGGGUCUGGUGAAUAAGUUUAGGCCUGCUGGAUGAUCUCCAAUCUGAAGGAGAAUCUUUAAUUGUGGUAAAGAAAAUAAAACCUGAAAUUUCCUAACUUAACCCUUUCUAAGUAUGCAGAACAUUCUCAGUGCUGUGCAGCCACCCACCUCCAGAAUGUUCUCAUCUUCCCAACCUGAAACUAUGUCCCCAUAAAACACUGACUCCCCAGACCCCUUCCAGUCCCGUCCUACUUUCUGUCUCUGUGGAUCUGGGGACCUCCUACAAGUGGAAUCUUGUGUGUCCUUUCAGGAGUGGCCAUUCUCACUGAGCACAGUGUCCUCAACAUACACCCCUGUUGUAUGUGUCAGAAUUCCUGAGAAAUCUUACCAUAUUUGCAGCGACCUCAUUGUCACAUGUCCCAAGAGAUUACUGCAGGACAUUGAGGGAAUGGGUGAAAUUUUAGAAGUCCGGGCUCCCAUAGCCACUCUCACUGGAUAGUCAAACUACCUGUCUGGUGAACUGGCUCCUGUUGCCUCUGUAUGCUCACACAAUUUACUCAAACUGCUAAGUCCUAGGGGACCCCACAUUGGCCCAGCCUAGGCCAAGACCCUAAUGCAGCCGGCAAAAGAACUUGCACAGAGCGAGGUGCUUCUGCCUCCCACCAAGACCAGCAAGGGAUUCCCCAAAUAAGAACUAUCCUACAAUGGGCAGCCAAAGGCCCCCACACCUACCCGUAUCUACGACACACCCUUCUUCCCACACGUACACUUCCCAAAAUAAGGAGCUCCCGCCUCAGACAAAUCACUCCACACCUGGAAACACAAGGGACUCAUCACCAAAGGAAGACACCUGAGUCUCCAAUGGUGGGUGUUCUUCCUCUGGGUCCAUUCUCCUCACCGUUCUGCAAAAUCAACAUUAAAGAAAGUUCCAGCAAUGCGCACCAUGCACAGCAAUGGCGGAAAGAGGGAAGAAAAAGGAGGUGAGAUAAAUUCCAUAAAAUUCACACAGCAGACCAGUUUCAACAGGCGCUGCAAGGAGAAGGCUCAUUUCUUCGCCGAUCACUGAGCUGCGUGCGGCAUGUGUUCAUGGCUUGCCACCUCCGUGCCCCAUUCUGGAUUCCCAACUCUUACUCCUGAGGGCUGAGUUUUUGCUGGUCCCUGUUGCCAUAGCCUUCCACCAACUUUUGUCACCAGAUGUGGUAGGAUAGGGAGAGACCCUGGACUGUCCAAGCCACCCAAAGUUUACACCUCAAGGAGACAGUUAUUUUAUUCUCUGAUCAAAGCACUGCUUCAUUUUCUGUUAAGGAGAGAAAGGCCUAACAGGACCAAAAGGCAAACCUUUGUGCAUAGCUCCUUCCCUGCCAUUCUAGGCAGUGGUGCUCCCAUGUCCACCCCUCAGGCUCCCAACCUGUGGAUUCUGGUUUUGAGAAAACAGUACUCUCCACUGGCGACUGUUGCCACAUGCUGUAGGGUACCUGUGGCCCUAAGUGAUACCCAAGAAACCAGCUCACCAACCCACAAGGUCAUCUCCUUUGAGUACAGGGGUGAAUGGUGACCCCACUUUGUUACGAGGCACCUCCCUAAGGUCUUAGGCCUUUAGCUACAAAAUUAGUUUCUUGGUCAGAAGCAAUGAUAGCCAGUGAUAUGGCUCAGAUACAUAGCCUCCCCUCCCCCCAUUCAGGACAUUUAAUCCCCCCCAUGGGGGCCUAAGAGGGCAGAAACUUAAUCGACUUUGGUGUUCAGAGGGAGGCCUUUGCUGAGUGAUUAGGAUUAAAUAAAGUCAUCAGGACAGAGCCCCAUGUUUGAGGCUUGGAAUUUAUUUACUAUUUAUUUAUUUUGGUUUUUGAACAGGGUCUCACUAU